AUGUACGGCUAUUGUCAUUCGAUGCCUUCCCUGCCCAUCACGUCUGUUAUGAUCGUUGAUUUUUUCAAAACGUCCAAUCACGGGAUAUUGAGGGAAAAAAAGAAGUUUAAAAAUCAGAGUUCUUCCGAAAAAGUUGGAAAAAGAGGGUCAUACAAAUGUAGUCAAACAUUUGGUAAAGCUGUACAAAAAGUUCAAGUUGCUUUACCGAAGAGCCCUUCUAAAAGAAAGGCCGUAGUAAAAGAAAUUGUAAACAGGACGUUCAAUUCUGAAGCUUGGGAUUCGAUCUAUAAAGAAGCAAGAGCGCCUCGUCGCGACGAGUCGGCCGGUUGA